GAUAUACAAACUAUAUUUUGUUUUUAUUCUGAUAUAAAGAAAAUAUUGCUACACAGAAGAAAAUUAGUGCUUAAGUGAUAUCAUGAGACAACUAAGCGAUGUUGUUUAUUAGCACCAAUCAAUUUUACGUUCACCAAUAAGAAUCAAGAUAUUGACGUACUUUCCGCGGAGCGAAUAUUUUUCCAUCGAAUAUAGUAACUUAUUUGAGCUGAAAAUUUUAGAAAUAUGUCAAGUAUUAAUAGUUUGAACUUAAUUAGUGAAUAUUAUUCGUCUAAUUCAGAAGAUGAAGAAGAAGAAAAUGAAAAAUAUAAAAAAAUUGGUGAAAGUUUUUCUGUACCUCAAAGUAUCCUAUUAUGGAAAGGAGUUCCUCAUCACGAAGAAAUAAUAGAUAAUCCAUCAGAUCAUAAAGGAAAGAUAAGAACUUUUAAACAUGAACGUGGCAACUGGGCAACGUUAGUUUAUGUAAAUUAUACACCUAGUGACGUUAUGCUCUCUUGGAUAAGGUCAAUUGGAAUUUUGUUGCCAAAAGAUAGCAAUAUACUUUUCGAACAAUUCCACGUUAGUCUUACUCGAACAUUGAUUUUAAAAUUUCAUUGGAUCGAAUCCUUUGUUGAAAGUUUAAAAAAAUUAUUUCAAAAGACAAACAAAUUUACUAUGGAACUUACUGAUAUAAAAGUAUAUUGCAAUGAAGAAAGAACUCGUACAUUUCUAGGAAUAAAUUGUUACAGUAAUGUAUUAAAUUAUCUAAUUUCUACUAUUGAUAAUUUAUUGAAAGAAUAUCAAUUACCAUUAUUUUAUGAGGACCCUUCAUUCCAUAUAAGUAUCCUUUGGUGGGUAGGAGAUAAAGAAGACUACCUCAACAAAGUUCUACCUUCAAUCAAAUCUAGUUUCAAUAAAUUUUUGAUUGAUUAUACAGAAGAAAACUAUGUACAUAUUAAUGAAUUAUAUUGUAAAGUAGGAAAUAAACUUUAUACAUUUAAAUUACAAUAAGAUUAUGGGUGUUAAUAAUACUGUAAAUACAUAAUUAUAUUUAUAAGAUACUAGAAAUUUAAUUUAUCGUUCUUAAUAUUAUAACUAUGAUGGUUUAAAAA